AUGGUGUUGGGGGGCCGUGUGCAGGCCCUGGAGGCAGAGUACACCUGGCUACUUCAGGAGAAGGUGGGGCUGCUAGCAGCACUGGGUGUGGCCCCGGGCCAAGAGUCCUGUACACUCCAGGUCCUGGAGGUACCAGUGCCCCUCAGGAAAGAGCUAGAGGCACAAGAAUCACAUCCCAGGCUUCAUGAGGAGAUGGCUGAAUAUUGGAAGGCACGCUGGCACCGGCUGGCAGUUGCCCUGAAAUUUAAAGAGGAGGAACUGCAGAGACUCCAGAGGCAGAGUGGGACCUGGCCUCCCCAGGGCAGACCGCAGCGGAGACCCCAGGCCAGCUCCCGGAGUCUGCAAAUGAAAGGAGCUGUGGGAGCCCAGGUCUGCCAAGGAGCUGGAGUCUGCAGUGUGGACUCCACCAGAGGCCAAUGGGUGAGCUCAAGGGCAGACUGGGGUGGAGCUGGGACAGCCCCAUCCAGGGGUGAGAGCUGGUGUGGGGCAGCCCUGGUUGCCCUCCCUGAGAUCAGGCUGGAUGGAGGUGGGACCUCCCAGGCAGAGAACUUGGCUCUGGUCUCCCAUUGCCAUGUGGACUGUGCCCUCUGGGACCACACUGGGCCCUUGUUUCCAGGAGCUGGAGGAGCUGAGACAGGGGCCAUGUGA